AUGGGGAACAGUAGCAGACGCGGGAGGGCAGUAGCGGCAGCACUGCUCGUGAGGAGCAGCGGGGUUUGGUGGGUGUUGGGCAGUGGGGUUUGGUCGACGGGAUGGUGGUCGACGGAAGCAAAAGUGGGUGGUGGUGAGGUUGUUUUGGACGUGAAAGAAAAGGAAGCAGUGGGGUUGGGUUUUCCUUCAGUUUUCUUCUUCUUCAAAAAUGAAGAAGAAGAUGAACAGGCAAAAAUCACGUGCUUACAUCCUUCGACAUCAGAGUCAAGGCAAAGGCCCCUUUCUCCUGUGGCUCCUGCUGAGCCUACCUCCAUUCCCAAAGAUACCCCUCCCGGUCCUUCUACAUCCACAGCCACUCCUACUGGUCCAUCCGCCUCAGCAGGCCGGAAGAUUCCAUCUUCCCGGGCCCAUCCUAUUACUGCUCAUCGACUAAGCCUGGCGCUUCUUAGCAUAAACAUCUGGAUGCAUACUGCCUUAUCUAAGUUGUCCACACUCACCACUGUGGUAGAGGCACAGUCAGCACCUCCACCAGCACAGGACCCAGCACUAGCUGUUCAUCUAGAGCCGGAGCAGCCACAAAGGCCUCCCAAGAGGAAUAGGAUGAUCCCUCGAGCUGAUGAUGCAGUGAUCCAGCUGGCUGACCCACAGGAGACCUCUUCCAGUCAGCCACAGGGUGCACUACCUAUAGAGCCUGUCCAGGUCCAGGCCCAGGUCCCAGUAGCAGAGCAUACCAAAGAAAAGACAAGCUCACGCCAAAUUCCAAAGUCAUUGACAAAGCUUGAGCACCUCAUCUAUCUGAAUGUCUCUUUCAAUGAAUUAGCUGGUGAAAUUCCAGAUGAAGGACCUUUUGGUAAUUUCACUGCUGCAUCAUUCAUCGGCAACACGGAGUUAUGUGGAUCGUCUAGAUUCCACGUCAAGGCGUGCAAAAACCAGAGCAAUAUGGGAAGAAACAGGAAGAAAACAGUUUUAAAAUUUGUUCUUGGACCAGUUAUAGUUGGAACCAUAGUCAUGGGCAUAUUCUUUAUUUGGUUGCUGAAAUAUCGAAAACGAAACGACCAAGUUAUUCCUUUAACUGCUUUGUAUGGUCAAUCACACAAGAGGUUUUCUUACUAUGAAAUUGUUCGAGGGACUAACAACUUUGAAGAGUCGAAUUUGAUUGGAAAGGGAAGCCUUGGUAUGGUGUAUAAGGGGACAUUUGCCAAUGGGGUUGUAGUUGCUGUAAAGGCUUUAGUGCUAGAGUACAUGCCUAAUGGAGAUCUUGAUUAUUGGCUUUACUCUCACAAUAAUUUCUUGGAUUUAGUCCAAAGAAUGAAAAUUAUGGUGGAUGUGGCUUCUGCCUUAGAGUAUUUACACCAAGGUCAUUCUCUUGUUGUGGUCCAUUGCGACUUAAAACCAAGUAACAUACUUUUGGAUGAAAAGAUGGUAGCCAGAGUAGGUGACUUUGGUAUAUCCAAACUCUUGACGGUAAAUGAUCCAGUAGCAUUGACCAAGACCUUAGGCACCAUUGGCUACAUGGCACCAGAGUAUGGGUCAGAAGGGAUAGUGUCAACAAUGGGGGAUGUUUACAGCUAUGGUAUUCUAUUGAUGGAGACCUUCACAAGAAAGAAGCCAGUGGAUGAUCAAUUUGUGGGAGAGCUUAACUUGAAGAGAUGGAUAGCUGAAUCAUAUCCUCAUAGGGUCAUGGGAAUUGUGGAUGCUAAUUUAUUUUCAAGAGAUGAUCAACAUUUGAUAGCUAUAGAAACUUGUAUGAGAUCAGUAUUGGAAUUAGCUCUCGAAUGUUCAUCUCUUCUCCGUCUUUCCAUUACUCAUGGUUCUGUUUCAUGUGUUCAUGUUUUUCGUAUUCUUGGUUAUUCUACAUCGGACGAGUGA